UUAUCAAAGAAAAUAGGCCAGAGAAUGUUAUACCUCGAGCAAUUGAGGUAAAGGAAGAUAAUGUCAAUUUACCUGGAGCAAAUGAGGCUAGACAAGAGAAUGGUGAGUUACCUGGAGCUACUGAGGCAAGAGAAGACAAAGACCACUCUCCUGAAGCAAGAGAUGAUAAUGGAAAAAAGGAAGAUAUUAUUUCUGUAUGUAAGCUUGACAGAAGCAGCCUACCUGCAAUACCUGGUCGUCGUUGUGUUGAAAGUAAUGGCAGUUUUGCUAUUUCCAAUAAUCAUUUUUCGAAAGUGGAGACACGGAAAAUCAGAAAUCGAUCAAAGAAAUUUCACAGUUCAAGGAAAAAGCACAUGUUAGAUGACUUGAAUGAUGAACAAGAUGAUGAUGAUUUCGUACUUUCCACUGGAGAAAAAAGGGAUUUUGAUACGGAUGAUGAAACAACCCUGUUAGAGGAGGAGGAACUAGCGAAAGCAGAAUCAGAUGACACUGUGGAUGAGAUUGCUCUGCUGCAAAGGGAAAGUGAAAUUCCUAUGCAUGAGCUGCUUGCAAGGUAUAAAAAGGAACGUGACACUUAUGAUAUGGAUGUUGACUCAGAAUCUUCACGUGCUUCUGCUUCUGAGGAAUCUGUGGCUUCACCAGUGCAGGGGAAUUCUGAAUGUAAGCAGCCUGGUGAUAAAGCUAAUGAAUUUCAGCCUGACAUGUGUUGCCAUGGAGAAUACAAAAUUGAAUAUAUUGGGAAAUCUGGAGAUGAUAAGCAGAGUGAUAAUAUUAUUGCUGAAGCAGCUGCUGUCGCCAGGUCAGCACAACCAACGGGUAACACAUUCUCAACAACAAAAGUGCGGACUAAGUUCCCUUUUCUUAUCAAGUAUCCUCUCCGUGAGUAUCAACAUAUUGGCUUGGAUUGGCUAGUAACAAUGUACGAGAAGAGACUUAAUGGGAUUCUUGCUGAUGAAAUGGGUUUAGGGAAAACAAUCAUGACAAUUGCUCUGCUUGCUCAUUUAGCGUGUGAGAAAGGAAUGUGGGGCCCCCAUCUGAUUAUCGUCCCAACCAGUGUCAUGCUCAACUGGGAAACCGAGUUUCUUAAAUGGUGUCCAGCUUUUAAAAUAUUGACCUAUUUUGGAAGUGCAAAAGAGAGAAAAAUAAAGAGGCAAGGGUGGUUGAAACUGAAUUCUUUUCAUGUUUGCAUAACGACUUACAGGCUUGUGAUUCAGGAUUCAAAAGUUUUCAAGAGGAAGAAGUGGAAUGUAUCCAAGUUUGCUAGUGCAGCAAUAGUUGCUCUUCAUGAUGUAAUGAGAUGGAACAGGAAUGACGUGUCUGUGGUUCCAAAACCCAAGUCGAAGAAAACUAAAAAAGCCAAGUUCAAAUCUUUAAAGAAAGGAGCUCUAGCUUCUAAAACAAAAUUUGUAAAAGAAAAAUCAUGGGUAGAACCAAUGUCAAUAGAUGAUGAAAUCAUUGAUGAUGAGACGUCAACCUCCUCAGAUGCAGUUUUCCCUUGCUCUGCUGGGGAGAAGAAACGUAAGCCGGCAUCAGAUGAUGAUGAACAGAAGAAUACAAGAAGGUCCAAAAAAUUGAAGAAGGCUUCUGAUGUAUCCCCUAUUAUCCAUUCUAAAUUUCCUGGCAAGAAGCAGAAUGGACCUAAAGACUUGCAGCUAUAUAAAAAUAUUGGUGAUGUUGAAUCCAAGCCAACAAGCAAGAGCAAGAUGGGGGCGAAACUUUCAAUUUCUGUCAUGUCUCAGAAACAGGUUUUCACAAUAAAACCAGAGAAGUUAAAAAGGAAAGGGAACAUUUGGUUUAAAGAUUGUUUCCCUUCACCUGACUUUUGGUCGUCACAGGAAGAUGCUACGUUGUGUGCUAUUGUCCAUGAGUAUGGCCCAAAUUGGAGCUUAGCAAGUGAAAUCUUGUAUGGAAUGACUGCUGGUGGGUCUUACAGGGGAAGAUUUCGUCAUCCAGUCCAUUGUUGUGAGAGGUUUAGGGAACUCAUCCAAAAAUACAUUUUGUCUGGCACUAAUGCUCCACAUAAUGACAAAGCCGGCAAUACUGGCUCUGGGAAGGCUCUUCUUAAAGUAACUGAGGACAACAUUAGGAUGUUGCUUGGCCUUGCUUCUGAAACUCCUGCUCACGAAUCACUUGUUCAAAAGCAUUUUUUUGCCUUGCUUUCUUCUACCUGGAGGGUUUUAUCCAGCCAUAGCCACAAACUAAGCUCAUUAAUUUCCCAGAGUGGAUUUUAUUCUUCUGACCAAUUGUUAGCUUCUACAGUUGAGCAUUUAUCUCACAAAUCUUUGAGGAAACCAUCAGAAAAUAUGAGUUUGACUAAUUUGCAUCAGUGUCGCAAGUUAGUAGCUGCUGCCCUUAAAGGUGACUGCAGUAUGCAAAAUGCUGAUGGAGCCUCCAAUGUUAACCAAAAGGAGGAACCAUUGAUGGUAAAUGAGCAGUUGGAUAUUACCCUUGAACUUCAAGGGGAAAGGGACGAGGCAAUGCCCCUGCCGUCUGUCAUAAGACUUUCUAUAAAUGGCCCUGACACUUCCCCAUCUUUUAAGGGACAUGCAGGAGCAGAUCAUCAUUUUAAAUCUUCCCAGCAUAUGGUUGAAAACAGAUUCAGGGAUGUGUCAGGAACUUGUCUUGAAAGUUCUGUAGGGCAGGGAUCAGUGGCUUUUCCCACCGGCGAUGCCAGUUCUGCUGCUCAAAUGAAAUCACCGUAUUUAGGGAAACACAAACACCCCGUUUCUGAUUCAACCAAGCCUUCUAAAUCAAAACACAGAAAAAUUGCCGUAGAUGCUACUGAUGUGCAGCAGAUAACUGCUGGUACGGUAUUUGAACCAAUGGUGAAGCUGCCUGCUGCCUUAGAUGUGACGCUUGAUGGAGUGUCCUCCUCCUACAUGCCAGGAGCCGAGACACUUUCUUUUGACAAUAAUUGUGUGUGUGACAUGGAUGGUGAAGUGGUUCCAACCCUGGACGGUUUAGGGAUGGUUCCAUUCGACUUUGGACCUAAUCUAAUAUCUGGACUAGAUGAUUGGUCGACCUUACCUGAAUUUACUGAUAUUGGGUAAACAGUGGAUAUUAAAACGUGAAUUGACUUAAGGGUUGGGAGCAGCCACAAGUUAUGGUGGCCCAUCUCAUUGGGAGAGGACUCCCGAGGGAUGAAAGUAUUUCCGACAGAUGCAGAACGUGCUCUCGGGGAAUGGUUGCAUAGAAGAGAGAUUUAUUUGGGUACUGAUCGACGGCCUAUACGUAGGAUUUCGUCGUUUUGGAGGCGGAUCCGAGCUCAUGUCUGAGAGGGGGAUAGACUGUAUCUCACAUAUGGCAUGUUUAUUACGCUGACUGGACAGUACUAGAUAGAAUUAAAAAUGAUGAACAAGUUGAAAAUUUUGUUCCUUGUGCGAUGCAAUAUUGUUCAAUACUAUGUACAACCAAGUUGAUAGAGUUCUGGUGUAGGUUUUCUUGUAACCA